AUGACAGAAACUAAGAAACACGUAGGAACAUCCACACAACCCCGCACCUUCAAGAAGUUAUCUCGACUAAAACUUGCGCCAAGAAAAGUUCAAGCUGCUACAAUUCAAGAUGGCGAAUCCUCGAUUGAAGUGAGAAGUAUACUUUCAACAAGCAGAAGUAAUAUGACGUCAUCCUCAUCUGGAUCCAUGAUUGGCGCAGUUCGAAAACGUCACAAGAGUGAGAUGACGUCAGAAUCUAUAUCAUGUCGUGUUACGUCAGAGCAGCAGCUUGGUGAAACGUCAGAAAAAUCUGUGACGUAUGAUUCUAAUAAUUACAAGAAAACACCGAGGUAUUUCAUACCUAAACUGUUCGAGAUUUGGGCUCCUCAGUUGUGUCCAUCUUACCGAGCCAAUGUGAAAAAUGAAAUGGAAGGAGUUUUACGUCCUACUUUUCUGCACCAUGUGGGCUAA